GAUUAAAUUGUGUAAUGUGUAGUUUAGCAAGAGGUGUUAAAGUGGAAAAUUAAUUAAUGUGAAUUAGGUGGAAAAUUAAAUUGUGUUUUUCCAGGCUAGAAACUAACCUUUUUUAAAUUAUCCACAUUAUAAGCCAUGUCGAAAUGCCCAGCUAUCGCUAACUAUUCAUAAACGUGUCUCUUCAAUUCCACACGUCAUUGGCGAAGUAAAUACUAAAUUGCUCUCGUCUGGUGCAGCCGCAUGCAAUAUAUUAUAACAAAGUUGAAUUGACUUGGGAAAAUUAAAUUAAUUUCAAGUUUUUAUUGUUCAUUUCUUAAUUUUCAGUGAUUUUAGGCAGUUUGUUGAAGCCAUAACAUAUGUCCAAUAAUAAUUAACAAAGCCCGAAUACCUAAAGGAAAGUGUCUAUAAACCAUCCAUUUGAGAAAUUAAAAAUGCUAGUCAGACGGUUCACACGUUCACUAUGGAAUACAUUGAAAGUGGAAAAGAGGUACCUAUCCUCAGAGCCAACCAAACCUGAACCAAAGGAAGAUGAAGAUGGACUGGAUCCUGCACAGGCUGCAGCCCUGGACAAAGACAUUUGUCUGUUGGUGGACGAGAAGGACACCUUCAUAGGGACAGCAACUAAAAGAGACUGCCACAAAGUGGGGCCAGAUGGCAAAGUGCCCCUACAUAGGGCAUUCAGUGUGUUCCUGUUCAACAAGAGGGGUGACAUGCUACUGCAAAGGAGAUCAAGCCAAAAAGUAACAUACCCAGACUACUACACAAACGCUUGCUGCAGUCACCCUCUAUACAUCGAUGACAAACCCGAGGACGUCAUUACCGCGGCCAGACGAAGGCUCAACCACGAAUUGGGCAUACCUCUUGACAAGAUGGAUCCGGAAUUGUUCACGUUCCUGACUCGCGUGCACUACCACGACCCGGGCGACGGCGUGUGGGGCGAGCACGAGAUCGACCACAUCCUGUUCUUCCAGUCCGACGUCAAAGUCAAGCCCAACUCCGACGAGAUCUCCGAGUACUGCUUCGUGCCCAAGAGUGAAUUCAACGCAUAUCUGCCGACAUUGGAAGGCCCAAUAACCCCAUGGUUUAACAUGAUUCGUCGUCAUCGACUGAAGCUGUGGUGGGACAACCUGCAUCGCCUGAAAGAGUUCGCGGAACCUGACAAAAUACAAAAAUUCCUCAACGAAAAUAAAUAAUUUAAAAAAAUAAAGGUGUGUGGUUACUGUUGGUAGAUGUGGGACUUCAGGACGGUUAGAUUUAUUUAACUUUUUACUGCUAUAAUAGUCGAGAGACGAAAAAAUGUCAUGUUGCCUUAUCUUUUUUAGCAUCGAGAUUUAAAAACUCGACGACACUGUUUAUGUUACAUAAACUUUAAUAUAUGUUACUGUGAGUUUGCACCAAAAAAUAUAAAACAUAUGUUUGACAAGUCGUCGUAUGUGACGAAUCUGUUUUGUUGAAUUUACGUUCGCACUAUAGAAAAUUCAUUUAUUCUUUGACUUUCAACAUUUGUUAAAACGAGAAAGUUCCUACAUAUAAGAUACUGAAAACUCAGUUUGAUUGUUAACCGAAAACAGAGUUUACAACAUGUUUUUAUGUUUUUUCAGUGCAAACUAAACCUACAGUCCAGAGUGAAGAAAUUCAAGUAUUUUUAGUAGUCACAUGUGCUUUUUAUAAGAAACAAGUAGUACAUUACGAUACGUGCAAUUAAAGUACACACCUAAAAAGAAGUUUCACAUCAAAAAGGCUAGACUAUGCUACUAUACAUGAAUAAUAUUGUAUUUAUAAUAAUAUUAUAAGUAAUGAUGUCUUAUGGAUUAAAUUUAUCAUGCACUUCUGUAUCGUCAUUGUAUUAAGUUUAUAUUUUAGUUAUUAAGUUCAUAAAUCGAGUUUUUUGUCUUGGUUGUAUAAUAAUAUUAUUUGAUCAUAUAGAGAGAGAGCCCGUGAGGGCCAGACCGUUGUUAUUUUAUAAAAGCUGAAAGUUUCUCUGCGUGGGAGAACCAUCAGCUACUAUGAAGUUUAGAUUUUCUUUGAUUUUCUUAGGCUUUGGGAGAGAACAGAAGUAAAGAAUGUGUAAAAAAUCUAACGUCAAAGUAUAGUGUAAUUUUUUUAUAUUUUCUUCGGAAUAGUAUCAGAAAUCACGUCACACAAUGCCAGGCACUUAGAGUCAUGGAAACCCCGUGCCAGACACCCUUAAACUUUAUUAAAUUGUUAAACUUUAAGGUCUGGCACUUGCGGCCUUUUAGUCCAAUACCUUUUGAAACCAAAUUUUAGAAUAAAUUAAGAUAAGUAUAAGAUUUGGUAGUUAGUAUGUGAAUAAAAUGUGGACAAAAUAUUUAAAACAUCAUUUGCUUUAUCAUUCUUAUGGACUGAAACUAAGAAAUGGUUGUCGAUACAUAUUUAAUUUUUAAUCUCUUUUCUGUCAAUAAUAAUAAUAUUAAUUUACUACAUGUAUAAUGGAUAUUUAAUUAUAUCUGUACAUAUUUCGAAAAACGGGUGCUUGAAAUAUAGAUUUGUAUUUUAA